CUGUUUUCACCCACAGAGAAGUUAAUUUAUUUAAUUAAUCACAACUCUCUCUCUCUCUCUCUCUCUCUCUCUCUCUCUCUCUCUGCGGCUGUCUAGUUUCUGCGAAGCUCAUUCUCAGGUCCUUUCUCCUCCGUAAUUUUUGUUGAGAAAAUGGAGGAAACUGGUUCCUCUCAUGCUGUCUCUGGUCGGAAGAAACAGAGGGUGAACAAGUAUGCCUUUGCCUGCGCUCUUUUGGCCUCCACAAACUCGAUCUUGUUGGGAUAUGAUAUCGGUGUGAUGAGCGGGGCAAGCCUUUUCAUCCAGCAAACUCUCAAGCUUACAGUGACAGAAACCGAGGUUUUGACGGGUAUCCUGAACGUAAUGUCGUUGUUCGGCUCGCUCCUUUCCGGUAAAACCUCGGAUCUUAUCGGUAGACGUUAUACGAUCAUCCUCGCCUCCGGUACGUUCCUCAUUGGUGCACUUUUGAUGGGUCUGGCUCCGUCUUUCCCGUUUCUUUUGGCCGGAAGAAUGGUAGCUGGUAUAGGCGUAGGUUACGCUCUAAUGAUCGGGCCAGUCUAUGUGGCCGAGCUGUCGCCUGCCAUGACCCGAGGGCUGCUCUCGUCAUUUCCCGAGAUAUUCAUCACGGUCGGCAUUCUCCUCGGCUACAUCGUGAAUUUCUCUUUGACGGGAGUUUCGCCAAAGUACAACUGGAGGAUAAUGCUGGGGCUGGCGGGAUUCCCGGCUAUAAUAGUAGCCAUAGGGGUAAUGUCGAUGCCCGAGUCCCCGAGAUGGCUCGUGAUGAAUGGAAAACACGACGAGGCGAAAAGGGUAUUGCGGAAAACGUCGGAAAGCGAUGAAGAAGCCGAGACAAGGCUAGCCGAGAUGGAGAAAGCGUUUGAAGAGGCAGUUGGUGCAUCAGCCAAUUUCCGGGGCCAAGGAGUGUGGAAAGAGCUUCUGAUAAAGCCGUCUCCGGCCGUAAGGAGGAUCCUAGUCGCGGCCAUCGGGAUCAACUUUUUCAUGCAAGCGUCGGGUAACGACGCAGUGAUAUAUUACACUCCGCAGGUCCUGAAAGCAGCCGGAGUUAUGAACAAGAGACUUCUGAUGGGAAUCAACAUCGUAAUGGGAAUGUCCAAGACGUUUUUCGUCCUCGUCUCGGCUUUGUUCCUCGACCAUUAUGGCCGUCGGCCGCUGCUCUUGCUCGGUACAGCGGGCGUAGCAGUAUCUUUAUUUACUCUAGGGGUUGGCUCUCAUUUCCUCACGGCAUCUCACGAUAAACCCGCAUGGGUUCUAGCCAUCUGCGUCGUCUCCAUAUGUGCAUUCCUCUCGUUCUUCUCGAUAGGGCUCGGACCCAUCACGUGGGUUUACUCGGCCGAGAUCUUCCCGAUGAGGCUGCGAGCUCAGGGAUCGAGCAUCGCCGUGUCUGUGAACCGGGUUGUGAGCGGAGUGAUAACGAUGUCGUUUCUGACAGUGGCGAAGAAGAUAACGUUCGCCGGAGAGUUCUGGUUGCUGUCGGGAAUAAUGGUGGUGGCGACUGUGUUUUUCUACUUUGUGAUGCCGGAGACGAAGGGGAGAUCCCUCGAACAGAUUCAAGCUUUGUUCGAGAAGAAAGGUGAUGAUACUUCACCAAAGGUUGAUGACUCUUGACCGAAAGUCCCUGUCUUGUGAGUUUACUGUGUUUCACAAGAUUUAAUUUCUGUAACCUUAUAUGUUUUAGGCACUUUGGGCUUCAAUAUACAUAAAUAUAUAACUUUUAAA